AUGGUCCAUGGAAAGUUGAGAGUAGAGGAUUUGAACCUAGGACAAGGUAAAUGUGGAUUUAAUAAUCCCCGUUUUUGUCCUCAAUGGUGUUGGUAAGGUUUCUUCUUGUUUCCUGCUAGUUAGAACUUUUGCUAGCUAUAUGUCUUCUUGCUAUUGUUCUUAAAUAUUCCCAACGUCCUAUUUCUCGUCAAACUCAAAUAGGGGUAUGUUUAUUUGAGGAGCAGAUUACGUUAUGUUAGAUGCCUUUAUAAUACGAGCAGCAUGCCCUGUAACCUAGUCAGUGGAAGUGAACAUCACGUACUGGAAGGACCUCCCAAAAUAGUAUCGAGCGGUGAGAAGAUAAAUGUCCCUGUUUAUGAUAGGCUCGAUUACCAAGAGCCUGCUGUUUGGUCCAAGUCAGUGGUAACAAAAUGAAUGGGAAACCAGAAAUUAUUUACAGUGCGACAACUCGAACCGGGGCACUUGGAAGAAGAUUGUCCAGUCACAACGAUUUCUGAAAAGAAAAGACUCUCAAGUUUUUUGGCAACGGACCAAUUAAAUUCAAGGCCUUCGACUAUGCAACCGUUGAAAUCUUUAAGAGCCGGCGUUUGAACUAAUCUGGCCUCUCAGGAAACAGUCCUCAAAUAUAUGAACGUUAUUGUCCCGCUUGCCUAAAACCUUGAGAAUCUUUUGUUUUUAGAAAUCUUUGUGAUAGGACAAUUUUCUUCCAAGUGCCCUGGUUCUGGUAGUCGCGCUGUAAGCAAUAUUUUUUCUAAGUAAGAUUCUUUGUUUGUUUGUUUUUUUUGCAUUAAGUUCUGUUUUCACUCAGAUCUAAAUAACUUUUGUUUAAAAAUAUGCUUAUAUUCGGUCGUCUGUUUUUCUGACUUAAGUGGUGGCGAAUGAUUUUCAGUUCUCGGUCGAUUCUCUGGAAGCCCGAACUUUUUUUCACGUUUUAAUGCUUAGUAUGUAUGUUUUCUCCUCGAAUUUUUUUGUACUAUCUUAUAAGCUCCGAAUCUUCUUAUAUUAAACCAAAGCAAUUUUAACUUGAAACUAAUAAGCUCUGGUGAUUGUUGCAUUAUAACUGAAAUUAUUUCACGUCUACGAUUUAAAGUGUAAAGAUAAAUUUUUUUGUCUCUUUGCACAUAAAAAAAAUGAAAGCUAAAUAGAUUUGUAAAUUCCCUUGCUGUGGGAUCGUGUCUUCUUUCAAGUUAACGAUUGAGCUCAACAUGUAGGUUUGCCUGAGUUUAUGUGUAUGUUCAUUUGUCGCCACUUUAGAAACCGGGACGAGUUAGCUUUCUCAAAGACUUUCUGGGAUCCCUACUGGGGACGCGCUAUUCAGCUAUUGGCCAAUUUGAUUGUCCUGUGCUUAAUAGCAAUCCUAGAAGUCUUUGAGAAAGUUAACUCGUCCCGGUUUGCUGCUCGUUGCUAAAGUGUACAUGGAAAUAAAAUUCUUUCCCUUUGUCUCUAGAUGAGCUUGUUUUCAAUGGAAAUAAUGUAAACCUUGAUGAUGGCAGGUGGCAUUGGAUCGAGUUUAACAAGAUUGGUCGCGCAGUCACGUUAAAAGUCGACGGAAAAACUUCACCUUAUGAUAAAAUUACAGGAAAGAAUUUUCAACUAAACAGUGAGGACCAGAGGAAUAAAGCGUAUUUGGGUGGCGGACCAACGGGAGCCAUCAAAACAUCGCACACAAAAAAGAAUUUCUCCGGACAAUUAAGAGAGUUUUACUACGGAGACAUGGAGGUGUUGGAGUAUGUUGUACCUACGAUAAAAAGCAAACAAUUUGCGAUAGUUGGGACGGUUAUUGAUGGUACCACAAUAAUAGAGACAAGUGGGUCGGGAUGUGAUCCAUUUGAUGAUGAUGAGGAUUCAAGCUGUGCGCCACCUGAUCCGUCAACUCAUUCGACAGGUAGGUUAUACAGUGGAACUCAACUCUACGGACAACCGCAUAUAAUGAAAACUUUCGUUUGUCCCGAAGAUAAACUCAUAUAUUCUCUCUAAAAUUAACCCACUAAGUACUGACACCAGUUAAUAGGGACAACGAACACUUUUCUAUGUCACGAGUCACAUAAUCGCAUACUUCGUCAACUUCUCUUUACGGACACUAAGUGUCUGCGCACGGACCAUGACUGAAUAUCUUACCAGUGUAAACCUAACACGCAGAAACAGCGAAUGACCUUUCAAACGUUCUAUAUAGUGUUCACUCCACCCGGCUGAGUCGCCAACUAAAAGCGCCAGUGCAAAGUUAAAUCAUUGCAUUGUUGUAUUUCAAGACAAAUACUUGAAAGGUAGUGUUAGUCCGAGAAAAUCAUAAUAGAUGGUCGUGAGGUUUCAACUUGUAAAAGUUAAGGACAGAACAACUUUCCUCUUAAAAAUGUCUGCUUUAGUCUUUAACAUUGAUAUUUUUUUCUGUUUUUCCAAGAUGAUAUGAUGUCGUCAACAAGUCAACCAACUUUGGAUUCAGACUACCCUCCUACCGUGGCUCAGGCCUACCUCUCCCUGCCGCAAGUGGUCCCAUUUUGGGUAAUUCUCUUGAUGGUGAUAGCAGCCGCGAUCGCAAUCUCUUUCACAGUCUUUUUCUUGUAUCGCUGGAAUACUCGGUACACCGGUUCUUUUAAACCAGAGCAAACUUCGUCAAGUGGAGAUCUACCGCAGCAUAUUGCACAAGUGCUGAAUAAUUCGAAACCUCGAAUUUAUGUUAAAUCACCUGACGAAAAAGUGUAA